GUACGUCAUCACGGUGCGCCGGAUAUAAGGUUGUGUGGGUUUACAGCACCUUGAAUUCCCUGCGGUUUGGCUUCUCAGGGUUAGGGUUCGCGUAUGGGGGCCUUCGAGUAGUUCCCGAGCCAGCGGGCAGCUGCGACCUGGCAAGAACCCUUCGGUCCCGGGCGGCCCACGGCCGGCUCUGAUAUCUUGGGGUGAGGGGAAGGAGGCCUCGGUUGGAGAAGGGGAAAAGAGCGGAUCUGGGGUUCAGAGGAGGAAGAGGAAAGAGCUCUCCUUUGAGGGGUGGGAGGAAAGGGUUGGGGUCUUGAGGAGAGGAGCUGUCGUCAUGGUUGUGCUUAUCAAAGAAGGAGCAGAAGGUGGAUCUUAGAAAAACAAUUCCACAUUCCCCAAACUAUUCUGAAGACAUUUGUGUUUCUUUCAGCUCUGUGCUACGCCGUGGUCUGGGAUGGUUCAAUUGUUUUUAUUUUCACUGAGCGUAAAAGCAGAGAUGUGAAUUACUCAGGGGUGUUAAUCACCCGCAGCUAUAUCACUUGAGUAUACUACUUGAGUGGAUUCCAACUCAGCGACCCUAUAGGACAGAGUAGAACUGCCCCGCAGGGUUUCCAAGACUAAAAUCUUGAGGAAGCCGACUGCUACAUCUUUCUCCCACCGAGCGGCUGGUGUGGGUUCAGGCCUCCGAUCUGUCGAUUAGCAGCGGAGAGCUUUAACCCCUGUGACUAGGGCCCCUUACUUGAGUUCAAUAGGGCAAAUUUAUACUCAGAGGAAAAUAGGCUGUAUUUUUAAAGCAUAACAGAGGGUUCUUGUGGCAAUCAUAUGAUCUAUCACCUUUGCCUUAACCUUUGGCCACUGUCUGUUGGUAAGAUGAGCACCCACCCUGCCUCCUUUCCCUUUGGCCCUGAACGUCGAGUCCAGAGCACGUUGAAGAAGAUCUUUGGGUUUGAUUCUUUUAAGACGCCGUUACAGGAGAGUGCGAUCAUGGCUGUAGUGAAAGGUGACAAGGAUGUCUUUGUGUGCAUGCCCACAGGGGCAGGAAAAUCCCUCUGCUAUCAGCUUCCUGCCUUGCUGGCCAAAGGCAUCACCAUCGUUAUUUCUCCUCUCAUUGCUCUGAUUCAGGACCAAGUGGACCACUUGCUGGCCCUGAAGGUCCACGUGGCUUCCUUGAACUCAAAGCUCUCAGCACAGGAGAAGAAGGAGGUGCUCUCUGACCUGGAGCGAGAAAAGCCCCAGACCAAGCUUCUGUACAUUACCCCAGAGAUGGCCGCUUCUGCGUCCUUCCAGCCCACCCUCAACUCCCUGGUGUCCCGCCAUCUGCUCUCCUACUUGGUUGUGGAUGAGGCUCACUGUGUUUCCCAGUGGGGGCACGACUUCCGCCCUGACUACUUGCGUCUGGGCGCCCUGCGCUCCCGCCUGUCACACGCCCCAUGUGUGGCUCUGACGGCCACAGCCACCCUGCAGGUCCAGGAGGAUGUGUUUGCUGCCUUGCAUCUGAAGCCACCAGUGGCCACCUUUAAGACCCCCUGCUUCCGGGCCAACCUCUUCUAUGACGUCCAGUUCAAGGAGCUGCUUUCUGAUCCCUAUGGGAACCUGAGGGACUUCUGCCUUAAGGCUCUCGGGGAGAAGGCUGAUAAAGGGCCUUCAGGCUGCGGCAUCGUGUACUGCAGAACCAGAGAGGCUUGUGAACAGUUGGCGAUAGAGCUCAGCUACCGGGGCGUGAACGCCAAGGCUUACCAUGCAGGGCUGAAGGCUCCUGACAGGAUGCUGGUGCAGAGCGAGUGGAUGGAGGAGAAGGUCCCUGUAAUUGUUGCCACCAUUAGUUUUGGGAUGGGAGUGGACAAAGCCAACGUCAGGUUUGUUGCCCACUGGAAUAUUGCCAAGUCUAUGGCAGGGUACUACCAGGAGUCUGGCCGAGCCGGCAGGGACGGGAAGCCUUCCUGGUGCCGUCUCUAUUACUCCAGGAGUGACCGGGACCAAGUCAGCUUCCUAAUCAGGAAGGAAGUAGCAAAACUCCAGGAAAAAAGGGGGAACAAAGCAUCUGAUAAAGCUGCCAUCUCGGCCUUUGAUGCCCUGGUGACCUUCUGUGAAGAACUGGGGUGUCGCCACGCUGCUAUCGCCAAGUACUUUGGGGAUGCACCCCCGACCUGCACCAGAGGCUGCGACCACUGCCAGAACCCUGAGGCUGUGCGGAGGCAGCUGGACGCUGUGGAGCGCAGUAGCAGCUGGAGCAGGACCUGCAUCAGGCCUCCCCAGGGGAAUGGCUUUGACCCUGAGCUGUACGAGGGAGGCCGCAGGGGCUACGGGGGCUUUAGCAGGUACGACGAAGGCUCCGGAGGCAGUGGGGACGAGGGCCGAGACGAGGCCCACAAGCGGGAAUGGAGUCUCUUCUAUCAGAAGCAGAUGCAGCUGCGCAAGGGUAAAGAUCCCAAGACAGAAGAAUUCGUACCCCCAGAUGAUGACUGUCCCCUGAAAGAAGCUUCCAGCAGGAAGAUCCCCAAGCUCACUGUGAAGGCCCGUGAGCACUGCCUGCGGCUGCUGCAGGAGGCACUAAGCAGUAACCAGCAGGCUGCGGGUGCCAUUGAGGGAGCCGACCUCCAGGCCAAGGCUGUGGAGCUAGAACAUGAGUUGUUCCGCAGUGCCAAGGCAGCCAACCUGUACAAGGCCAGCGUGCUGAGGAAGGUGGCUGAGAUCCACAAAGCCUCCAAGGACAAGCAGCUCUACUCCGAUGUGGUUGGCAGGGCCAGGAGCUGCAGCACCCAAGCUGGGCCCCCAGAGCCCAGUGAGCAUGACAUCCUGCCGGCCUCCCAAGUGUACUCGCUCAAAGCCAAGCGGGUGGGAGCCGGCUUCCCCAAAGGCUCCUGCCUGUUCCAGACAGCCACUGAACUGAUGGAGAGGAUGCCGUCCGAGGCGCCAGUUCCCCAGUCUGUUCAGGGAAGCCAGCAGGAGCCCCCCAGGCAGCUGCAUGGCUUCCUGGACGAGGACAGGGCUGAGCCCCUCCCUGGGCCCAGAGGAGCAGGCCCUGGAGGGGUUGCUGAGAGUGGGGAGCCCUCCCCCAAGAAGAAAGCCAAAGACUCUAAGGGCAGCCCCCUGGCCAAGGCCCGGGCCAAGAAGAAGCAGCAGCUCCUUGCUGAAGCAGCCCACAAGGACUCUCAGAACAUUGCCCGCUUCUGCCAGAGGGUGGAGAGCCUAUCAGGCCCCCUAGCAGCCCCAGAGAAGUGCGCAGGGGAUGACAAUGGAGCCCCGGGGUGUUUUGCCACCCCUCUGCACACUGAGGAGCCCACCAGGGAAGGGCUGAGUGCCUGCCCACUCGGUGACCAGGGGCCCCCUGGAGCCCAGCCCACGCCCCCACAGGAGACCCAGAGGGGCAAGCGGCCCAGACCCCAGCAGGAGAACCCAGAGAGCCUGGCUCAGAAGAGGCCUCGCCCCUUAGCCAAGCCCUGCGUCUCUGCUGAGGCCAGGGGCAGCGUUUCAGCCAGGGACCAGGGCGCCUUGUACCCAACGACCCAUGGCCCCUGCCAGCUCCCAGCUGCCAGCAUCUCCCUGAAGGAGGCUGCGAGUGUUGUGGUCAAGUGCCUCACCCCCUUCUACAAGCAGGGCAAGUUUGCAUCCAAGGAGCUGUUCAAAGGCUUCGCCCGCCACCUGUCACACCUACUAACUCAGGAGAUCUCCCCUGGAGGGAGCGUGACAGAAGAGGCCCAGAACCUCAUCAGGCAGUUCUUCCACGGCCGAACCCGGUGUGAGAGUGACGCUGACUGGCAGGGCCUGUCCGGCCCUCAGCAAUGACUGACCACUGCCUGGGACUAGCGCGCCCUCCUCAUACUCUACCUUGGGGCCGGCCUCGGCCUUGCUCAGGGAGGGGGAGGUGGACAGGCCUGGGGUGUCACCUUUUCUCAGGGUCCUUCCAACCACACCUUGCCUUGGGGAUGGCUCCAGGCACCUCCCAAACCAAUGUCUAGGUCAGGAACCAGCCCGCCUUGCUCGCUGCUUGUGAAGCCUGGGGUCCUCUCUCCCAGAGCCUCCUGCCUCACCUGCCCCACAUGGCUGGUUUUCUGGGUCGGCCCCAGGUGAGAAGGUGGCCAGGUAACUGCUGCCAGGGCAAGAGGAAGAAGGCUGAGCCUCGCUGCUGCUUCUGCACUUAAGUUUUAAGCUAGAGGUGAGGCCCCCCUGCCCUAAGUAUUGGGGCCUGUUCCAGAGAAGCCCCUGCUGGCCUCAGCACCCACCCCCCGCCACGCACUACCCCCUCGAGAUGCCUGCCUGCAGCCUCCACCCAGGUGCAGAGCCCGCGGGGAGCAGGCAGCCAAGCAAGGCCGCCGGACUGAGAGUUUAUGAAUAAAGUCAUGUUUGUCCUGACACGCACACACA